CCAGUGUACCCUACCCAGCUUGAUGUGUCUACCCAGCCUGAUGGUCCUAUUAUGCCAGAUGACUCGGUGCCCGCUGUCGAGCGAGACGAUCCAAUGCCAGAUGACCCGGUACCCGCUAUCGAGCCAGAUGACCUGAUGCCAGAUGACCCGACGCUGCUGUCAAGCCAGAUGAUCCAAUGCCUGAUGACCCAGUGUCCGCGGUUCUGCUAGAUGGCUCAAUGCCCACUGUCGUGCCAGAUUACUCUGUACCCGCUGUCAUGCCAGAUGACUCAGUGCCCGCUGUCGAGCUUGAUGACUCGGUACCCGCUGUCCUGCCAGAUGACUCGGUGCCCGC